GAGAAUAUUUUCACUCCGUGAUAUCCUUACCACAAUCAGAGAAGCCCCUCUGGUUGCCAAGCAACCAGGUAUUCCAAAGAGACGUUUUGGUUUGUAGUGUCGCUGAGCAUUUUUACGAGUCGUGCCUUACUAGCUUGGACGAGCACGCAGGGCAAGUAAAAAUACAUAUAACAAUCUACCCUGUACCGCAAUCAGCUUCAAUCAAUGGCUUUCAGGAAUAGAUCCCUCUCGACCGAGGUGGUUUUGGUGAUGCUGACCUGUCCAACAUGGAGAAGCCUGUCGAUGUCAUUGUUAUCGGUGGCGGAAUAAGCGGUCUUUGUGCUGCUAAAUUAUUAGCCCUUGAACAUGGCGUGAGUGUUGUUGUUUUGGAAGCAAGAAAUCGUGUUGGAGGAAGAACAAACACUUUGGAAGACCCAAAGUUUAAGUACGUCGAUCUCGGUGGAGCGUACGUCGGGCCAACCCAAAACAGAAUUUUACGGGUAGCGAAAGAAUUAGGUAUAGAAACGUACAGAGUUUACAGCCAAGGAAGUAUUGUGGAGCUCCUGGAUGGACGAAGGCGAUUGUUUUCAGGGGAUCUGUCUUCAUGGAAUCCCUUGGCGAUUCUUGACUACUUCAACAUGAUCAGGACAUUGGAUAAAAUGGGUGAGGAAAUUCCACUUGAUGAGCCCUGGAAGGCACGAAAAGCCUUAGAAUGGGAUAGCAUGACUGUAAAGGAAUUCAUUGACAAGAAAUGUUGGACAAAUUAUACUAAAAAGCGUAUGAUACAAAUCUACCACGAUGCAAUGGCCGCGGAACCAGAAGACAUGUCCUUGUUGUACUAUCUGUGGUACCUUAAGUCAGGAGAUGGAGUGCUAAGGGUGUCUGCUAUCGAAGAUGCCGGUCAGGAAAGGAAAUUUAUCGGAGGAUCUCAGCAAAUAAGUAACAGACUCAAAGACAGGCUUGGAGAUAGGGUCAUUCUUAACAGCCCAGUGUGUUGCUUGUAUCAAGAUGCUGAUCAUGUGGCUGUUACCUGUGAAAAUGGCAAGAAAUACGAAGCCAAGUUUGUGAUCAGUGCCAUGCCCCAAGCUCUCUUGAAUAGUGUGUCAUUUGUUCCACCCCUCCCUCCCUUGAAAAAUCAGUUGAUUCAGAGGAUCCCUAUGGGCUCUGUUAUUAAGACAGUCACAUUUUAUGAGAAGGCAUUCUGGCGUGAAAAGGGAUUGAAUGGGGUGCUGAUUUCAGACUCCAGCCCAGCUUACGUUACUGUUGACGAUACUAAGCCUGAUGGUUCAUACCCAGCGAUAAUGAGUUUUAUCAUUGGAAGUCAAGCACGUUACUGGUGUUGCAAAACACAAGAAGAAAGGAAAAAAGCCCAAUGUGAACAGUAUGCCAAGGUGUUUGACAGUGAUGAAGCUCUUCAUCCUUAUCAUUAUGUCGACAAGAACUGGCCAGCUGAGAAGUAUUCUGGUGGAUGCUAUGUUAGUAUUAUGCCUUGUGGAGUUAUUACAGGGUUUGGCAAAGCUCUGCGCGAGCCAGUUGGUAGAGUACACUUUGCUGGAACUGAAACUGCUACAAUUUGGUCAGGAUACAUGGAUGGUGCAGUCCAAGCAGGAGAGAGGGCUGCAAGAGAAGUGCUAUUUGCUUUGGGUAAAAUAGCAGAAGAGGAGAUCCAUCAAAUUGAACCCCCUUCAAAAGAUGUCCCUCCAGUUCUGUGUCAGCUGACAACAUUUCAAAGCUGGCUACCUACUGUCCCAGUUUUUCUAACCACAGUCACAGCUGUUGCUGCUUUAGUGGGUGGUCUGUCACUAAAAUAUUUUUCUAAAUGAGGAAAUGAAUCAUAUUAUUAAACUGGGGUAGUGAGGAAAAAGAAAAAAAAUUCAAAUAAAAAUAAUUUAACUCUGAAAUCCAGGUCAAAUACCUACUGGGAGUAACUGGGGUAAGGAGAAAAAGGAAAAUAAUUUGUUUUUCAAUUUUUUUAACCCUGAAA